AUGGCUGAUUAUUGUAAAAUGAAACUGAAAGUUGCGGCUUCUGUCGAAAGUGAAAUGGACUAUCGAGUGAACGAUAAAAGACCGCCUCGAAUCUUAAAGCAGAGAGCUGGGCGUUAUCCAGAGACUCAAACACUGAUCGCGGCUCCCGGUUUAUCGUUUCUUAAAAGGAAAAAAAAACCAGUAGAAACGGGAAGCACUGAGCAAAUGUCGCGACAACAAACAGACGACCCUCAUAAAGGGUAUUUUGGAUUAUAUAACCAAGGAGCCACUUGCUACUUGAACACAUUACUUCAGACUCUCUACAUGACUCCUGAAGUGAAGAACGCUAUUAUUAGAUUUGUGGAAGAGACAGCUGAACCCAUCAAUAAGGAUGCCAACAUUUGCUACCAACUUAAAGAACUAUUUGCAAACUUAGAAAAUGGUAGCGCACGUACACACGGAAUUACAAGGAACCUGGGCUUAAGCAAGAAAGUAUUCGAACAACAGGAUGUAGAAGAAUAUUUCCGACUGCUGUUGAAUAAAAUUGAUGGAGAAAGUAAUGGAUCUUGUAAAGUAUUGCAGAUCUACCAGAGUAAAAUGAUUAAUUCUCUGAAGUGUUUGGAAUGCAAGACUCAAUCCCGAGAAGAAUGUAUUUUUUUGGAUAUUCCCUUGUCCCUUUCUUCUCCUGAUCAUUUAACAGGGAGGUAUUUCAACAGCGUGAAUGAAUCACUUGAAGAAUUUUUGAAGGUUGUAACUCUGAGCGGAGACAAUUUAUGUUAUUGCAAAACAUGUGAGAAGAAGACAGAGACUGAGACAAGAUACUACUUUGAAAGUCUCCCACAGGUUUUGGCUCUGCAGCUAAAAAGAUUUGAGUUUGACUAUUUUGAGAUGCGUUUCAAAAAGCUGCAUACCUCUAUAAAGAUUCCACAGAAGUUAAAGUUUCAGAAGAAGGUUAAAGAUCAUGAUAAAACAGAGUGGCGUUUCCUCUCUAACGAAACCAUGGAUGCAACAAUGACAAGUGUAACAGAGCAGGAACCACAGUCAUCACAAGCAGGCAGAAAUGAUGAAACUGAUGAAAGACAGAAGCUACUAAAAGAUAAGGGCCAGGAGGAAGAAGAGAAGCAAUGGCCUAAAGAUGAAAAGGCAGCAAAAUUGGCGAUGGAGGUGGAAGAAACUCGGCGACGAAUGGAAGAAGAUAAUCUCCUGAGAAUGCAGGAAAAGAAUCAUCGAGAAGAAGAGCAACAGAAAUGCGAAGAUGUAGAACGAGAUAAAGAACUACAGAAACAAGAGUCCAUACGACAACAGCAACAAGAAGCAUUGAGACGUUUACAGCAACAGCAGCAACAACAAAAGCUGGCACAAAUGAAGGACUAUGCUACGUAUGAUCUGUUUGCAAUCUGUGAUCAUACUGGAGUAAAGGACAGUGGCCAUUAUGUUGCAUAUAUUAAACCAAUUUCUUCCCAUAAAUGGUAUUGUUUUAAUGAUGCACUUGUCCAUGAGCAGAAAGACAUCAUUUCCGAAGAAUCCUGUGGUGGUAGCAGCAGCACUUCAGACGUACAAUCUAUAAGAUCAUCCACAGCAUACAUGCUAGUGUACAGGAAGGAGGAAGUAAACAGCAAUCAAGGAGGGAAUGCAGAUGAAGAUGAGCAAUGUAAUGAACAAAUGAGUAAGAGAAAAUUCAGUGAAAUUGGAAAUGGAGAAGAUAACCAUGACUUUGAACAAAGCAAUCCACCUUCUAACCAAAAUACAGAUGAUUCACCAGGAAAUAUUGACAUAGAAAUGAAAGAGGAAAAUGGGACAGAGGAAACAAAGGAAAAUAUGAGGCGGGAAUUGGUGGAAAAUGGAAGACUGAUGCACAGUACAGAUGAGAAAGAAGGUGGGAAGGCAGAUGCAGAUGAGCAAUGGAAUGAACAAACGAGAAUGAGAAAAUCCAGUGGAAUUGGAAAUGGAGCGAAUAAUCAUGACAUUGGACAAGACAAUCCACCUUCUGACCAAAAUGCAGAAUAUUCUUCAGAAAGGAUUGAUGCAGAAAGGAAAGAGGCAAAUGCGACAACGGAAAACAUUGAAAACACAUAUGACCUGAAAGAAAAGGAAAAAGAGACAGGAGAAACAGAUUGCAAAGAAGGAGAGACCACAGAUCAAGAAAACCAAUCAAGUGAACCAAUUAGAAGAAGAGAUUUCAGUGAAGCUGGAAAUGGAGUGAACAAUCAAGAUCUCGGACAAAGCAAUCCACCUUCGAACCAAAAUAUAGAAGAUCCACCAAAAAAUUUUGCAACAGUAAUGAAAGAGGAUGAUGGACAAUGGGCUGGUGGCACAAUGGAAAAGAAGGACACACAAGAAACAACUGGAAAAGAUGGAGUGCAAGUUGUAAAAGAAAAGGAUGCUGGAACUGUUGAAAUGUUGGCAACUAAGAAAACACAAAGACUCCAGUACUAGACAGAAAGGAAAGUAGAUAAGAGAAUUUUGAAUAACUAAGGAACAGUGAGGUGGAAACAAUGGAAUAAAAUAAUAGUUAAGAUGAAAGUGAAACUGGCAUUUUACUCAAAUAGUAGUCGAGAAAAAAAUAAAUCAAACCUGGGUGAAUCUGUGUUAAAUAAUUAAAAAUUAACAGAUGAGUUAAUCGACAUCAUGCAGAUGCAAAACAUAUUAAAGGGAUACAUGGAAUGGAACAGAAACAUGGGUGAAAGUAAAAAAGGAUGAAAGGACAGUGCAGGAACAAGAACAGAAGAGGUAAAAUAACACACAAGAAAAGUCAAUGAAUUUUACAAAUCAAAGCAAUGGCCUACAAGUUGCCAACAUGUCAACCAAUGCCAACAUUGUGAGGAGCCAACAAAAUAAGGAAAGAAAUGAAUACCUUUCAGAGAGUGAAAUGAAUUAAAUUAUAUGUGAAAACAAAAACCAAGUGCAUCAUUUAAACAAUUUUUUAAUGGGCUUAAAGGAAGACAAAAUAUCUAGAGCAAACAUUUAUGAAAGUAAUGCUAAAGUGGAAGGGUGAUUCAGAGCAACUAAGACAGAAGAUGUUAGGUGGGUUGGUUAAAAAAAAGGAUUGCUGGCUGCUUUUCUUGUUUGUGUUGUAUGAGUUCAGAAUGAAAGAUCUAAAAAAUAAUAAGCAAGUGAAAUUUAGUAUUUUUGUUUUGUGGGAGCAGUGGACAAAAAGGGAGAACCAGCCUGAACAAUCGCAACAUUAAAAAUAUAAAAGUAGUGUUUUAGUUGACUUAAGAUUAAUUAUGUCAAUCACUGUUUAUUUCUUUGUAGAUUUACACAAUAAUUCAGAAAUGAAUCAUUAGCAACAGAUUUGAGUGUAUCAUCUUUUAGUUUAAAUGUCUAAAUCAUCAAUAAUUGCCUUGAAUUGCUUAGCUUUGUCCAUUCUGCUGAUAAUCUUUUGUACAAAAUUGGAUUGUCGAGCAGAAUAUACAAAUUGCGUAGAGGAUUGCCAAUGUAAUUUGAAAGCAAUUAUUUCAUAAUCUAAGUCACCAAUGUCAUCUAUAACUAGAAUGAUGCAAUAAUGUGAUCACACUUUUCU